AUGGGCUUUCUGACUUCAAAAGAUGGGAUGAUUAAAAAGAAGGACGAUAAAAUAAAGAGAAAAUCAAACCAAAGGGCAUAUCUUAAAGAAAAUAAUCCGAGAACAAAAAGGACGAAGAUAAGAAUGAAGGAAAACAUGAAGGAAAAAAUAUUGAAAAGGCAGGAAAGAAAACAAAAGAGAAAGAAAUGGUGGCGAAAAUGGCAAAUAACAAAAAGAGAAGAGCAGAGAAGAUACAGAAGCAAAAGCAAGAAUUGCAGCGCAAGAGAGCGAAGGAGAUGCAGAAGGAAGGACAAGAACUGCAGUGAAAGAGAGCGGAGGAGAUACAGAAGGAAGAGCAAGAACUACCAAGAACUGCAGUUCAAGAGAGCGGAGGAGAUACAGAAGAAAAAGCAAGAAUUGCAGUUCAAGAGAGCGGAGGAGAUACAGAAGGAAGAGUAA